CUUUCCCUAACUUGGCGAUGGACUUUGAGGAAGUGGACACGUUGAUUUAACUUGAAACUAAUGCAUUGAUUUUGUCUUUAUUUGGCUGUGACAACUAGAUCGAGAGCUGGUGCUGCACACACAGAGACACAAUGUCCACGACCAAAUGUGACGUCGUUGUCAUCGGGGCUGGCAUAUCGGGAAUGUCAGCUGCCUACCGCCUGAAAAAGAAGGACCAAAGUCUGCAUGUUGUUGUCUUGGAGGCCAAAGACCGAGUGGGUGGUCGAACGCAAACUGUUCCAAUGAAGGCUGCCUCGGGGACUGACCACUGGGAUGUCGGUGGUCAGUGGGUUGGAAGGUGUCAGCCCCACAUCAUGGCGCUCGUGGAGGAACUCCAGCUCAAGGUCUACCCCCAGUUCCUCCAGGGUAUCAAGUUCAUGCAGCUCGCUGACCAUAGCAUCAGCUCUUACAAGUCUGAUAUCCCCUCGCUGUCGGUCCUAGCACUCAUUGAUCUGCAGCGUUUCAUGAACAAGGUUGAGGACAUGCGUAGAGAGGUGAAUAUGGAGGAACCCUGGUCUUGUCAACACGCUGCUGAGUGGGACGCCAUGUCCGUGGAUACCUUCCUGCAACAAACAAUGUGGACAAAAGGUGCAAAGGAAACAGUUGAAGCCGCUGGACGUUGCAUGCUGGGAGUUGAGAUGACACAAAUAUCGUUAUUGUUCUACUUAAUGUAUGUCAGCGCUGCGUCGGAUGGAAUCAAGAACCUAGUUGAAGCGACAGAGUUCACAGCCCAGGAGUUUAAAAUACAGGGUGGUACACAACAGAUCUCUCAGCGGAUGGUGUCUACUGUCGGGGCCAUGAAUGUUAACCUGGAUCAGCCUGUAUCUUCAAUCAUACAGAACGAGACAGGCGUGACUGUAAAGACUCUCCCCGGUCACAAGUACGAGUGUAAGAGGGUGAUCUGUGCUGUUCCGCCCACAGCCAUUGCUCACAUCGACUUCCACCCACCACUGCCUGCCACAAAACAGGAACUGAUGAGGAGGAUGCCAUUAGGGAACAUGAUCAAAGUCAUCAUUACAUACAAGACAGCCUUUUGGCGCGAGCAGGGCCAGUCUGGCGAAGCAGUGUCCAAUGGUGGCCCAUCACUGUUACCAUCAUGUGAUUCAGGGCCACUGUGCGUCAUUUACGAUGCCACGUCUCCAAAAGGAAAUCCGGCUCUUGUGGGUUUCCUUGGUGGAUAUCAAGCAAUACAGUGGGCAGCAACCAGUGCGGAAGAUCGGCAACACUGUGUGUUGCACCAACUGUCCUCAUACUUUGGCAAAUCGACGCUGGAUGUGCUGGACUACCAGGAGAAGGACUGGAACCUGGAACCGUACACGAGGGGUGGGCCGGUCUGCUGUCUGGGAACUGGGGCCAUGCGGUACUUUGCUGCUGGACUGAGGGAGCCAGUGAACAGAGUCCACUUUGCUGGCACGGAGACCGCAACUCAGUGGUGUGGCUACAUGAGUGGAGCUGUGCAGGCCGGAUACCGCGCCGCCAUUGAAGUUCUGUCUCACAUUCACCCUGACCUUGUGUCACAGGAUGACCAUGACCUUUAUGCCACUCGGGUCCUGACCCCAAGUGUCAAGGCUAACAUACCCUGGAUAAAAUUGACACUUUGUCUUGGAGCAUGUGUUGCUGUGGGCAUUGCUGCAUCAAAAGAGGAUCCAUUUUGUCAUGGAUAAGUCAGAAGUGAUAUGUAUCAUUAUGUUUGUAGUUUGUGCUAUGAUUGCUUUGCUGUAGCAUGAGUAGUGUGUGUGAAUCGGAGUUGGCAGCAUGACUAAAAGGCUUGUCACAUUUUUGUCACAUUAUUUCACCUGUAGUUGUAACAGUAUUUGAACACUGACACCUGGUUAAUCUGGAACCCUGUUAUUUUGGAAACUUGCAGCAUCCAACUACAACCACUGAAACUUGAGGCAAAUAUGUAUUGCCCAAAUCGAUGCUCAUGCUGUUGAUCACUGGAUUGUCUGGUCCAGACUCAAUUAUUUACAGACUGCCGCCAUAUUGCUGGAAUAUUGCUGAGUGUGGCAUUAAACAACAAGCCAACUAACCAAUAAAGUUUUGUUCGGUCUAUUGUGCUCAACUAAUAAUACUCUAUAUGUCAAUUCUACAAUCCGCCCAGUGAUGUCAUUUUGAUAAGGGACAUUAGCAGAAUGGUUGACUUGUUUUGGUUGAGGAUGUUUUGCCAAAGAUCAGAGCUGACAGAGUUACUAUUGGUAAUAUUAUUCCAUGAAAAUACUUGUUAAACCAAAAUAUCAUGAUGUUUUUACGGAGAAGUAUUUCAUCCAGGCCAACAGGUUUCUUGUGUACAAUUAUGCGACCGCCUGAACAAACCCCACAAGCAAAAUUAAUUCCAACUUUUAGACCAUAUCCACCUUAAAACAAGUCCCAUUGAAAUACAUGCCACACCAACAUCCACCCAAUGUGCACAUGCAAAUAUAUAUUGGAGGGUCAGUUUGUAUUUACAUAUUUAUUUUUAUUUUUUUAUGUUCAUACCCAGUCAAAGGAGUCAUGAGAGCUUGAUUAUAUUUUACCAUGUGCAUUCAAAGUCACAUCUUCCAAUAAAAUGGGCACAUCACAUUGCCUUUCUCUGGACAGAUGCUGCAUAAAACUAACAAUGAUUAUAUAUGACCAUCUGUUGCAAGACAAUCAGACCAUUGGAAAAUGUUUUUCACUUGAAAACUAUCGGAGGGUGAACUUUGGUUGAAAACAAGUGGAGUGAUCCAUUUCAAUAUUCAGACCAAUGAAGGCUUCCAUGUUGAAUGUGCAUGACCUUUUGUCUAACAUUGGUCUGAUUCCGUUUUAAACAUUGUUAAGUGACAUUUCAACGAAACCAAGACAAAUAUAUUUACGAAUCCAGCAUUGUACUUAUGGCCAACACGGGUGAUUUUAACAUAUUAUGUGAUUGCGUGAAAUAAGAAAAAUAUCAGGGAGUUUUAGUAAUGGACAGGGAGUUACUUCCCUUCGUACACUGACCUGCUUAUCAGUUUCAGGUCACUGGCAUGGGUUCUCUGAACUGUUGGAAAGAACAGUCUCAACAUUGUACCAGUGUUCACUUUCACUUGAACUUUUGUUCAUGGAAAAAUAAGCUCCCUUGUAAUGGAUUCAUCUGUUUGUUGCCGAAGGCAGACUUGAUAAUUUUGUUGUUUUAAUUAAUAUUCAAUAUUCAAAUUUGCACCAUUUAGCCAUUGACAAAAAUCUUCUCAGCAAGUGGUUUUCUUUUGUUCGUAUUAAUUACCCUGCAGCCUCAAGCUGCACAUUGCUAGUUUGUUGACACAGUGUAGCUCAGGUUCAAGUGUGUCUUUGUGAAAUAAUCAUGUGUCUUUGCACAUUCAUGUCGUACCCUGUCAAUCGAUAAUCCUGCAGGUUUGGGUUUUUGUACGUUUUUGAAUGUUUUUAGUAUUUGAGGUGCUGUUGGUACCAAACAUAGGCGCAUCCAGGAAUUUUCAAAGGGAGGGGGUUCGAACCCCUGAACCCCCACCCACCCCUUGAUCCGCCCAUGACCAAAUGAAUUAUUGUGGCAUCAAAUACUUGGUUGCACCUGCUAAUCUUGAAACUCACAAUGAUUUGCAGCUGAAUUUAUGGGAAUGUAAGGAAAUACUGACAUCAGUGAAUCUGAUAAAUGGUUUUAGGUACAUCUCAGUUUCAUUUUAAUCUGUAAUUUCACCAUGAAUCCAGUGACUGCUUCUGAAUCCAUGCAGGCAAUGGUAUAUUGUGGUCUCAGUGAUGGGAUUAUUCAUGUAUGUUCAUGCAGUUUUUAAAGAUUUAAUGAAUGUGUUUCACUGGAAAAACAGUGAUAGUGCUACUUCCGUUGUUGAAUGUACUGAAAUGUACUUUCGAGAUCAGCAUUGUUUUGCCAAUUCGUAUCAUGUUAGUGAAAUUAGAUUUAUGAAUUGUUUUAUAUGAAUGUGUUUAUAUUAUUAUUGAGUGAUUUGUGUCACAAAUCACUGUAUGGUUGUUUUAGUGGAAUGUAAUGCUCAAUGACAGGAGCACAAUAUCCUGAUCUUCAUAUUGAGAAAUAGUGUUGCUGUUUGCAAUAUGCAAUGUGUUUGAAAAUGUAAGACCACCCACGUCACAGUAACAUCUAGCUGAACAAAUAGGCCUGAAACUUGGUAUAAAAUCUAGAGUCAUACCUCAUAAAUAUGUCUAAUGAUACUAAAACCCAGUCUAAGUAAACUAAGGCUCAGUAUUAUUCAUUACACUGCUUUACUGAAUAAUGCUGAGCCUAAGUUUACUUAGACUGACUAAAACUUCACAUGCUUGUUCAGGCCAUCCUGUACAAAUUCAACGACAUUAGAGCAGACAAUGACAACGUUAUUUCCAGCUAUUACUUAGCCAUAUUUUGUUCAAAUAAAAUGAAAUUUGUACUCCCGUAGUUGUUGUGUUGUUCAACAUGUAAAUACAACUUUUGCUACAACACAAAUCUUGACCUUGAUUUAAUCUUACUGAUUAACUUUCGUAUUUGUUAAGAUUAUUGUUGGGUUCAAACGUGUUUCUCAAAUGCUUGAAAUUGCCGGAUCACCUGAAUUGACAUCGGUGUCAAGUCCUACUUUGUAAGUGCAUGUAUUUAUGUAGAACACGCCAUGCUGACAUCAAGUCUUUGUUUACAACAUAGACAACAUGGCAACAUGAACUAUUUAAUAAUUCUGCUGAUUUCUGUGAAUGUUUGUGUGCUUCAGAUUAUUAAUGUUAUAAAGUGAUCGAAGUGCU